UUGGUCGCCGUAGUUAGGCUUUAUGUUGGGCAAGGCAAUUGGCUGACUAACAGACGGCGMCAUCGAAAACACUCCUUGCCGGGCCUGACGAGUACCCAUAGKACUGCAAAACAUCGCCACAAGGACCGCUGCAGAAUAGCUGCUCUAUAAGGAAKKCAGAUGAAUAACUCAAGUAGYGAAACGCGUGAUAAUGACACCMAUCACGACGAYGAAGGYUAUAWUAUCGGUUUCAAUGCAUCACAAGACGUCUUUCCUAUUAUCUUAGCWGUGUUAGUAAUCGCUAUUAACGCGUUCGUUCUGUUCUUGGUGUAUAAGAAGAAGGUACUWCGUACAGUUACCAACUAUAUCCUAUGUAGUCUUGCUGUGUCGGAUCUCAUGACGGGGUUAUUCAGUAUYCCAGCAUACAUAGCUUGUAACCUGACAUGGUCAGUUACCGUGUGUGUAAUGUCGGGUAUAAUCCUACGAAUAUCAUCCAUAUCAACUGUUCUGCAUCUUUUAAUGGUCACCAUCGAUCGCUACCUGGCCAUCAUAUAUUCACUCCGAUAUCAUUCCCUGGUCACYAAGAAGCGUGCUACCAUCAUGCUUGCAUUGGUGUGGGGUUUGUCCAUGUUUACUGCCCUGAUCCAGUUAGCAUGGUAUGUGCCAGAAGAAGAKUUGAGCGUUGCAGAUCGUCCAGAGUCGGUCCUUGAGAAAGAAAUCCCAUACGACAUCGCGUCAAUCGUCCUGUUCUUCGCCAUUCCACUCCUCGUCAUGAUCGUCACCUACAGUUUUAUAUUCUUUGAAGUCUUACGACAAUCUCGAAACAUCAAGAAAAAUAGCAUCCCAGGAUACCAAGAGAAUCGACAGCAAACUCGCCACGAAUGGAAAGCAGCUUUGACCUUUGCUAUUAUGCUAACAGUCUUCACAUUCUGCUGGCUUUCGUUCUUCAUCCUUAGGAUCCAACAGAAUUUUGGUAAUAAUUUCCUCGAGUUGUCUCACCAAGCAGAGUACGUCCUCCACAUGCUUCGUUUCUUGACGUCUUUCUUCAAUCCUUGUUUGUAUAUCUUUGGCAAGCAUGACUUUAGGAAGUCGUUAGGCAAGAUGUUUGGGCACACAAGAAAACCGAGCCGAGCUGAGAUGACCAGAAGUUCUUUGCUGAGAACCUCGGAGCUCUGAAUACCUUUCUGCGCACCAGACAAGCAACGGCACACCAAGACAGCAAUGAACACUCCAAUAACCACCCAGUAUUCUUGAUUGCAACCGCGCAGUUUCAAUGAUGGAGAAGACAGAUCUACCAAAGCAAUUCUACGGACAAAUGAACACUUGAAACUCUUCAGUUAUGGACGGUCAUCACCCUGUCUGUCAGUACUAUGAACAAAUACAGGUCUAUCAGCWAAAAUCAUCAAAUAACUAUAGACUGAAUACAACGUACUCCAUCAAAAAGAGAUACUGUCACUAGAACUAGCGAUUAGACCAUCAAUGAGCCAGACCUACGACAGGUCUACGAGCYCAAAGUCUACCUACCAAAUUACAAGUGACAACAAUUCAGAACACGCCGGCCGUCAUAGUGUGGCCAUCACCGAAAUCUAUAAUGAAUGCAUGCCUAUCAACCGGAGCCAUUACAACAGAUUACAAUAUUCAUCACCGCUUAGUCAGGAAGGUCUAUGAAGCAUGUAUACUAAAUCUCAAAGUCUGCGUACACCAUAAUGUCAGAGUACAAAUAACUACAAGACAAUGAACCAGACUGUGGGUCACUWCUAAUAGCUUCAUUACCAGCAAAACGACUUUAACAGCACAAUAUAUUCACUUCCAGGAAACUAUAUAUGAUAUAUAUACUAUUAGUCGUCGGUAUUCCAGUUUUCAUUAGAGUGCUCGAUACUGUGUAGAGCAGGAAACAUGAUUUUAACGGAAUCAUGAUAUAUAUACAUAUAUAUACAUGAAAAAAAAAAAAAAAAAAAAAAACACAAAAAAAAAAGAAAAGAAAAACCAUAACAAACAAAAAUACAACACUCAAAUAACAACCGAGAGUUCUUGUUUGUAAAGAUAGAGAUGUUAUUCAAUACAACCAUAGGCAGUUCACAUGAUGGACAAUGCAAAAUAUCUCAGAACAGAUCAAGAUCGCAACGRAACAUGUUAAAAACAUGCACCUGCACGUGCGCAGAAUGCACAGUAUUCAAAACAAGACAUGAUGACUUCCAUGAACUCGAUGAAAAAGCAAUCAGCAAAAAGCUAUCGAAUACCAAAAAGAAGCCGCGAUCAGAGCAACCUGACCAAAGUUAUACACCUUUAGAAUAAAACAGUUUUUGCAGCUGAAUCCGCAGGCCAUGGCGAACGCAAUUUCAAAUAUUAUACAUACAACARUUGUUGGAUGUAGGUUAAGCAAAAGAACGAAGACUAUAAUUGGAGGGCACGAUUUUGCCUGAACGCUCUGUUCAUUAACCAUGAUCACCACACAGCUUCAACAGAAAAUUAGAGUUGAAAUUAAAGAAGGAUUGAAACUUUAAAAACUAUGAAAUGAUAAGAUUUGCUGAGAUGAAGAAACACACAAGACAGCAGUGAGUCGAACAGGAAGGGUUAGUAGCCUUCUGAAUCAUAAACAGUCGAACUACAAAGAAGUUCAAAGAACGUUCAUCAUGGAUAAACGGAUAUGAGAAAAUUAUCGUAUUAACCGCGAUUUUAAUUAGAAACGUACAACCAUUGCAUGUGUACACAGUUUCAGACAGUUAAUUAAGCACAAAAUACUGUUUACAGAUAGUUGACACUUCAAUGGAAAAACAUAAGCCAGUAAUUACAUACAGAUCAAAAUAAUAAUAAUGGCAAUAGAACGAACAAAACCUUUAUCAAGUUUUCCUGAAAGUCAACCUAACGUUGUAGUGUCUUCCAGCCAUAGAAAUCUUGGAAUAUUUUGAAAUAAGCAUAAUCGUUUAUAAGCUAACAUUUAAGGUGGCUAAUGGCCAUUUUUAUUGUAUUUUAAUUUUGCUAAAUACGAAGGUUUUGAGUUUAAUUGCAAUCUAUUYCCAGCUUUGUUUUGGAAUAACAGUUCGUGCGUACUUAUUGCAACACAUUGCACAUACAAUUUACCCUCGUCCAAAACAGUCGUGCACACCUUUUACAAAUAAAUCUGACAUCUKAAAUCUCGUGCAGAGAUGGAGUUUUGGAAAAUGUCAGGUUAGCUUGUCCGGUGUUACCUUGGAAACGAAGAACUGGAAAGAGCAGAUUUUGUGACAAAUGAAUUUACCGAUUAGAAACAAUCUGAAGACACUCUCAACAAACCGAGAUAAAUGUUUAAGCCAUUCUUGCCAGUCGAUUUUAAUUAAAUCUCAUUUCCCUUCGAUGACCUUCUAAAAAUUAUCAUUAUCACAUUCACCCAACAAUAAUUUGACUGCAAACUUUGUUUGGUCACAUUUUGUUAAAUUGAUUGGGAAAUGAUGAGGUUUUUCACGUUCCAAGAUUAUAAGUCGAGUAUCACCAUUGACACUAUAGAAACCUGGAUGACUUUCAAAGCAUUUCAAGGUAAAUACACCGUUAUAUAGGGAAAUAUUUGUAAUGUAGAGCUAACUCUGCUGACAAUAAACGCCUGUUUAUUC